AAAAGCCUUUUAUAGUUUAAUGUUACCUCAGUAUCAAGGUACCCAACGUACAUUUGACUUCAAAAAAUUACAAUAUGAGCUGUAAAUUCUUGAUAGUUCUCAGUGUGCUACUUAUAAUAUUUAACAGCCAAGUGAGAUCAGAAACUGAAGCGAAGACAGAAGAGAAAUCAGUUGCUGGAAACCCAGUCAUAGAUCGUUCCUCGGUACACCACCACCCCCACCACGACCCGACGUUCCACGGCUUCUGGAAGAAGAAGUUCGUGUGGCGGUCGCGAUGGGUGAAAACUUGGCAAGAGAAGAAAGUCUACGUCGCUGUGUGGAAGCGGAUGUGGGGGCCCGUGGAGGUCAAGGAAUGGGUGCCAGUGCCGAAGCCUCCCCCGGGGUGGAUCAAGCACGACGUCAGCUCCUACGCCGUCAAAACUCAGCCCCAUGUUACCAAUAAAUAG